GUUUUUCGAUUGGAUUUUUGUGGUAGUUCGGGGUGGGAGGGAGAGUGAGGUAGGGUUGGGGCGUGGUGCACGUGGUCGGAGCGGAUCGUUGCCGAGUCGGGAAGUGUGCGGGCAUAGAGAAUUUUGGUUUGCCUUGGUGGCUCUCGUAGACCUGCAGAUCAAUGGGUGGUGUUGGCGGUGAUGAUGAUGAUGAUGCAUGGGAAUCCGAAGGUCUGGACGGCCUUUGGUAGUGGUGCUGGGAAAGGGGAUUUCGGGUCGGAUUAGGGAGUGGAGUCGGUGCAGCAUGUGAGGAGGUGGAUGGUAGAGCUACUUGCGAUUGAGCGGGGACAUACGAGUGUGGAAACCGGAAGCGUGGAUGUGGCACGCCACAUGUUUGAGCGGGCAGAACGAUGAAAGAUGCAUGCAUGAUUGACUACCUUUUUAAGCUUUUGCUGAUUGGAGAUUCUGGUGUGGGAAAGAGUUGCCUUCUUCUCCGAUUUGCGGACGACUCAUACCUGGAGAGUUACAUCAGCACAAUUGGUGUCGACUUUAAAAUACGUACAGUGGAGCUUGACGGAAAGACUAUCAAGUUGCAGAUUUGGGAUACCGCUGGUCAGGAGAGGUUCCGGACCAUCACAAGUAGCUACUAUCGUGGAGCCCACGGAAUCAUUGUUGUUUAUGAUGUGACAGACCAAGAGAGCUUCAACAACGUGAAGCAAUGGUUGAACGAAAUUGAUCGAUACGCCAGCGAGAACGUAAACAAGCUUCUCGUGGGCAACAAAUCAGAUCUUGCUUCGAAGAAGGUGGUGGAUUAUGAAACCGCUAAGGCAUUUGCCGAUGAGAUUGGAAUUCCUUUCUUAGAAACAAGUGCAAAGAAUGCUACCAACGUGGAGCAAGCUUUCAUGACCAUGGCAGCUGAGAUCAAGAACAGGAUGGCCAGUCAGCCCGCGUUGAGCAGUACCAGCAAGCCCAACAACGUGACAAACCUGCGAGGACAGGCUAUUCCCCAGAAGAGUGGAUGCUGCUCAUAGGCCACCUCUGAUGGCAUGCAGCUGGCACCACAGCAGUUUGUCACGAAGAUCCUUUGUUGGUCUAAUUAGCAGACUCUGGGAUGUCUACUUGCUGUGGCCUGGUGCUGCAUGAGGGUUGCUGAAGUCUUCUAGGGUGGUAACAAGAGCAGGAAUUGGGGGCGCAGCGUUUAGUUGUGCGCUGCCUGGAAGAUAAUGUCUGGACUGUGCUCUUCAUUGAGCAAGAAUUGUUUGAACCAUUUAAGGUGUCCGAGGUCCAUUGCAGCUAAGGAUAGGGAACUUGCAGGGUACACAUAAGGGAGUGCAUUUCCUUGUGUGCAUUCGAACUAUUGUAAAGUGGGGACAGAGUAGGCAGGUGUAUGUGGGCGUCGUUGUAUGUAAUACCAUGGUUAGGUAUUUGCUGACUGGAAAGAGGGGAUGGAUGUGAAGUAUCCUGACAGUGCAACAUGGCCAGUUGACCCUUUCUGUUUAGAAAAUGUGAUGGGUCAAUGAUUUUUCAGCAGUAACCCACAUUGUUUUUCAAGUGAUUCAUGUGUAGUAAUUUCAUAAGUUUCGUAUACAUGAAAGAAGUGCGUAUUUUUGCAUCA